AUGAGUAACCCAGAUGACUUACUCCUAGAGCUCAUGGAUGAGUACAAGCCGCACCUCCAGACAUAUCGACAUAGGAUGAAUACCUGGAAUGAUCUGCUGGCAGAUUUCAAUGAGAAAACCGGGGCCAAUUACAAGCAAAUUCGGACAUUAAAGACGAGAUUUGACAGAAUAAAGGAAAUGCUAGCCAAGGAUGAGGAACUUCCGAUAUACAACGUGGGAUUGCUAAAGAAGCUACGAGAUGAAGACGAACUCAGUCCAGCCGGUUCGAGUUAUAAGAGGUCUUCGCGUGUCUCGUCAAAUUCUGUAAGCAAAAGAAGCAGAUUCGGCACUACAAAGGCUCGGCAAGACGCUGCUAGCCCCGAGCCUGUUGAGCAAGAGCGUGAAGGAAGUGUAUCCCAACCUCCUCCUCUGGAUUCCAUCACCGUUUUUCCGCAUACACAAAUGAAAAGAUUUCACGAACAACAGUACACUUCAGGAUUCGCUUCAGUUCAAGAUCUGCGACGGCCUUCGUUGGGCUCAAGUAAUGGCGUACCGUCAAAUGCCGCAGCAUCGCAUUGCUCGUCUUCGGCCGCCCCUACACCGAAUUCUCAGAACCCUCUUGACGAUUUAUCCAAUAAGCAUCUACUGAUGAAUAUAAUCAGUGCGAUUAAAAAUGAUCUCAAAAAAGAAACUGCAAUGGAAGAAAUGAGCUCGAACGAAAAUGUAAUAACUUUAGGCAUGGUUUACAACGAGCUCCUUGAGCUGAAACAAAAUCAGCAGGAGUUUCAGAAAAAGGUAAUGAUGAAGUUGAAUUAUAUUAGCUCACUUCUAAAUCAAGAUUUUUUAAAAGAUCACUCUGAUAUUAUGAGCCUACCCCUAAUUGAAGAAUCUCACAAGGGUGAAAAAUCAUAA